UUCAUUUCAGUUAAAAAUAAUAUUAGUUCAGCAAAAAUAACGUGAAAUGAAUAUUGCCUUAUUCAACUCUAUCAAAAGGUUAACUAAAAAGAACUUGAAAUAAUGAGGCGGCUUCUUUAAUUUGUCCUUACCAAUAACUUACUUUAUUUUAGUUAGACUUUCCACACCCCUAACCCUAUAAAUACCCAAUCUAUUUCUCAUUCUUUACAUAUCGAAUUCAUUCUCUUCUUCACUACCAAAUCUUCUUACUAAACUAAGCCUUUUAUUCUUUUAGAUAAUUAUCCUUAGCUCUCUUAAAUUUAUCACUCCUUAAUCAUGGGUGUUUUCACAUACACAUUGGCCGACAUCACCAGCCCAGUCGCUGCGUCUCGGCUGUUCCAAGCUCUAGCCCUUGACAACCAUAACUUUGUUCCUAAGGCAUUGCCUCACUUGGCUAAAUCCGUUGUGUUUGUUGAAGGCGACUCCACCACUGUUGGAUGUAUCAAGCAGAUCAAUUUCCCCGAUGAGGCUCCAUUCAAAUAUGUGAAAAAUAGAGUGGACGAGAUUGAUUCCGGCAACUUCUACCUAAAGUACACUUGCAUUGAAGGAGAUGUGUUCCCUGAUACAGUGGAGUACGCUGUGUACGAAGAUAAGUAUGAUGUAUCUGAAGCCGGAACUCGGUGCAAGAUGGUGGCACACUACCACAUGAAGGGAGACAAUGUGAUGAAGGAUGAGGAUAUUGAGAAGGCCAAAGAAGGAAUUCAGAAGAUGUUUAAGGCUGUUGAAGAGCAUCUCAUUGCCAACCCUCAAGUUUAUGCUUGAACUAUUUAAUUAUUUAUUCAAAGUUUUAUGAGUGAUUUAACUAAAAAAAUUGAAGUUAUAAUUGAGUAUGUAAUGUGUGCGGUUUUCAAUUUUCCUGCUUUUUUGGGGGUGGUUUGGGAGAAAUAAUAAAGUGUGAGAUCGAAAA